AUGAAUCAGGAGGAAGAAGAAGCCGGACCUAGUGGCCGUGGAAACCUGAAGGGCUUCUACUCCUACAAAAAUACAUUUGGCGCAGAUAGCGUCUGGCUGGAAAUUCCGAAGCGAGUGGUAUUCGUCGAUAAUUCGGACCCGUACGCCGACGAUCUAGUGGCGCAGUUUGGUGCGGACACCCCCCUAGGUACACAUGAAGAAUGUACAUGGGGUCAUGAUGGAGGAUACCAGGCGUCUUCCAUGGAUGCGCAAACGCAUGGUCUGGACGCACUCUCUGCUGCCGCAACAGCGGAGAACUAUCCUCUCCAGCAACACCAGCCCAGCAUUGACGAUGUCGCCGAGCACAACAACAGAUUCGACCAUAUAGAGCACCAUCAACCUCCAGGCUCAUCGCAUUCUACCCCGAACAGAGCGCAGUCUCCUGCGGCGGCUUCUCCGAGGUCUCCAUCUCUAUCAAUUUCCUCACCAAAUAACAACAUUAAUUUCCUUCUAAACCCGUCAUCAAAUGCUAUAUUGACACCAGUAGAUCCGAAUCUUCACUCUCCCGCUGAUAGAAGGGUGUUCCCUGAUCAAUACUUUGGUUCUCAAGUCCCAGUGGAAGCCCUUACUAAUUCAUUGUUAAGAUAUGCUGCAUGUGCAUAUGCCGCAAAGCAACUCGGCCGCGUCAAUGGAAAUAAGGCCGUAGUCGGGGGAGUCUGCCAGAAGCAAGCAAGAAUGGAGCUCUGGCCCGAUGCCAAUAGAGUCGAUUGGUAUUACUAUGGGGCAAAAUACUACGAAAGGGCAAUUCAAUUAUUGAUGGAGGAAUUGCAGCAUGAUGGGCAGUCCCCGUCGUUGUCUACGUUGGAAGCUAAUGUCCAAUCGCAGGCAGGUGAACUUGAUAAUGCGCUCGAACAUACCAGCAAGGGACGAAAGCAAUCAAGUGCAAGCGGUCAACUUGCUGGCGCACAGUCCGAUGAGGUUCUUGCCGCCACUGCCAUUCUCUCGGUAUAUGAGUUUCUAGAUGCAACUGGUCCAGCAUGGGAUCGGCACUUAAGCGGUGUGAAAUCGCUGCUGGACAUCGCAAAUGUUGGGAUGAUAUCGCUUGAUAUCCAGGAUCCGUCUGGAAAUUUGGCUGCUUUAGCUCCAAAGCGAGCUGGAUUAUCAAAGGCAAGAAAAGCAAUUUUUUGGAAUUUCGCACGUCAAGAUUACCUUUCGGCUUUUAUCAAUGAGGGCCAAACCAGGUUAAACACAAGCGAUCUAGCGCUAUGGACAGAGGCAGGUAUCCUUCUAGAUGAUGCAGGCUAUGUCCAACCAAGCGGUAACAUUGAGCCCAGACAUCGCGACGGCAAGGAUACUAUGAGGGUAGACAUGGUAUCAAAUGCCUUGAUAUGGAUUCUUUCCAAAAUUGUGGAUUCCUUAGCGGCGGGGGAUGAUAUGAAUUCCGGCGAAUCCCAACACCCUCUUCUCGAUAGAUGGCACCAGCUUCAGGCUGAGCUUGAUGCAUGGUAUAAGGGUCUACCUAACACUUUCAACCCUAGUGCAAGGAUGGAGUCGUCACAAACAGCAUCGAUUCAGGGUACACCAGCCUCAGAAGACGACCACCCGUUCCCUGAAGUUUGGUAUAGCAUUCCGAUGUGCGCAUCGACGAUGCAACACUACCACAUGGCCCGUAUCUUGCUACUUACCAAUAAACCGCAUGAAUUGACCGCAAGCAGAAGCAUGGUUACAAACGAACCAAACUCUCAUCGGCCAAUUGAAAGCGAAAUUCAACACCACAGCUAUGAAAUCUGUGGGAUAUCCAUGGCUCGGCCUAGGGCGACUGUUCGCGUUCAUUCUGUGCAGCCAUUGUUUAUAUGCGGACGAUGUCUAACUGCAUCUCACGAACGGAAAGUCAUCCUACAGCUUCUUUGUGGGAUCGAGGCCGAUCUAGGAUGGGCGACCAAAUAUCGCGUUCAGCAGCUCUUGAGGGAAUGGGAAUGGGAUGAGGCCGCCAUUGACGAUCUUUCAGGACCCUAG